CUGACAUGGGGGCGGGACUGCUGGCGUCUUGGACGCAACGUCAUUUGUGUGCGACGAUUCCGUCCACGCCAGCUGUGGGGAGGGGGUCUCUGUUCUGUGGCCGCUUCCCGUGCAGCUCUUCCAAAAAGAGGAGAAAGGGGGUUGAGACUCGCCUCCGCGCAUUUGAACGAGCAGUGAGCCUCCCGGAGACCGGGGAGAGCGGAAGUCAGCCGAGGUCACUCCUCCCAGACCUGGGAAGGGGUGGCGGUCGGCCGAGCCUGCGAGACCAGCCUCCGUCGCCGCCUCUCCGGGCCCCGCUCUGUCCACGGGGUCCCAUGAUGGCGGCGGCGUGGAUGGACCCUGCGCAGGUGUCUGUGACCUUCGACGAUGUGGCCGUGACUUUCACCCAGGAGGAGUGGGGGCAGCUGGACCCGGCCCAGAGGACCCUGUACCAGGAGGUGAUGCUGGAAAACUGUGGCCUUCUGGUGUCUCUGGGGUCCCCACCUCCUCGCCAGCUGUGUCCUGACACCAGGUCUCAUGGAGGCCCCUGCCCCGUCCUGUCACUUUCUCUCAUCAUCCCGGUUCUGGCCUUUUAG